GAGCUCAGGGAACCUGGACUGAAGACGCCAACUUGUAGUUAGUUACUCUCCUACUCUUUAGAGGCUUCCUGACCUCAAGCCAACCUCAAGCCAAUCACCAUGACAUCUCCGCUGUGCUGGGCAGCCGGGACCUAUACUGUGACUAGCCAGGAGCAAGUUCCAGCUCCGUCUUCCAAAGUCAAGGGCAGUAAGUUUCAGGGCCACCGAGGCAAGGCUUUGGGCCGGGCACAGGCCUGGCCUGCACAGCGUCUCAAGUCGGGAACUUCCCACCAGUUGAUGAAGUCUUCCAUGCAAGCACAGAUGCUUGAGUUACAAAGGAAAAUCCAGCUGUUAGAGGGUGACCGGAAGGCCUUUUAUGAGAGCUCCCAAUGGAACAUGAAGAAGAACCAAGAUACUAUCAGCCAGCUUCAAGAGGAGACCAAGGCUCUCCGCAUGCAGCUAAAAGACCUGCUUCAGGGAGAUUCCAAAGUGGUCCAGGCAAUCAUUCAGGAAUGGAAGUCAGAGAAGCCUUACCUGAAGAACAGGACUUGUGAGGAGGCCCUGGAGCACCUGGAGCACCAGCUGAGGGAUAAGACGAACCAGCUGAAUGCUUUGCGACACCAGGUGACGCUGCGACAGAAGCGUCUGGAGGAGCUGAGGAUGCAGCACAGCCUGCACCAGCUGGAGACAACGGAGGUGCACGACAACAACACGGAGGCUGCCAAGACCAUGCGCAACCUGGAGAACCGGCUGGAGAAGGCCCGGAUGAAGGCAGAGGAAGCAGAGCACAUUACCAAUGUAUACCUGCAGCUCAAGUCUUACCUCCAGGAGGAGAGUCUCAACCUGGAGAACCGGCUGGACUCCAUGGAAGCUGAGGUGGUGAAGACCAAGCAUGAGGUAGUGGAGCUGAAAGUGGUGAAUCAAGAGGCUCUAAAUGCCCGGGACCUCGCCAAGCAGACGCACCGAGAGCAUGUCCUGCUGCAGUCAGAAGAUACCAUCCAGGACCACCAGCGGCACAAGGAGGAGGAGCUGAAGCAGCGCUGGAGCAUGUACCAGAUGGAAGUGAUGUUCGGCAAGGUUAAGGAUGCCACUGGAGUGGCUGAAUCGCACGCGGUGGUGCGAAGGUUCCUGGCCCAGGACGAGACCUUCACGCAGUUAGAGACUCUCAAGAAGGACAACGAGCAGACGUUGAUGAGGUUGAAGGAGGAGAAGCAGAGGCUCCAGAGAGAGCUGGAGAACCUCAAGUACUCCGGGGAUGCCACACUGGUGAGUCAGCAGAGGCACCGCGACUCGAUGCAGGAGACACUCAAGAAGGAGGAGCAGCGACGCAACGUCAUCCAGGAGCAACUGGAUCGCACCUUGCGAACUCUCCAGUUGGCCAAGGACUGCCUGGAGCACUUGGCCAGCAAACUGAACCACGUGAUAGUGGAUAAUAGCCUUUUGGCAGGAAAGUUAGACCCGGACACAGAGGAUUAUGUGUCCAAUCUGCUGGUCGUUGUCGAGGAAAAGUUGCUGAAACUACAGGGGCAAGUAGAGAGUCAUGACAUACCAGAGAUGCUGCGACACAUCACAGAACGAGAGUUCCUGGCCACGUUAGAAGGAAAACUGCCCCUCUACAACACCCGCAUCCUUCUGCCCGUUGCCAGUGUCAAGGACAAGUUCUUUGACGAAGAGGAGAGUGAGGAGGACGACCGUGAUGUGGCGACCCGCGCUGCCUUCAAGCUUCGUUCCCAGAAGUUAAUCGAAGCCCGCAGUAAGAAGCGCAGUAGGUCGCGCAGGUCCUAGACUGGCAGUCACAUCCCUUCGGAUGCCUCCUGGCCUCUAGGGAGCCCUCCGACCCUCUGGAGCUACCUACCGGUGUGGCCUCGAGGCUCCUUCAAGGGCUGAAGGAGGCUUGACGUGGGAGCACCUCAGGCCGGCAGCGCCCGGAGGAGGAAAAAGGUUGAGCCAGAAGUUCCCACAGUAAAUCUCUUGAGGCGGGUUAGAGUCCGCCUCAGAAUCGCGCAAUAAAGGUCACAGAUUAACCCCCUGGGUAUUCACCUCUUCUUGGCCCUGCACCGCCCCUCAUA